UACUAUCCGCCUCCCUUUUCAUUGUUUUCCCGUGUUUCCACAUUUUUUAUUCCUUCUUAUCUGCAGGGUUAGCCAGUUUGACAACAGAGGCUCGCUCUGCUCUUCGCUUUCCUUACCAAGGAUUUAUCCAGCACUACAACCGCAACGUAAAGACAUGUCCACCAGGGUUGCCGUGGUAACGGGCAGUAACAAGGGCAUCGGCCUGGCCAUCGUCAGGUCGCUCUGCAAGCAGUUCCAGGGGGACGUUUACCUCACAGCCAGAGAUGUCGGCCGGGGUCAGGAGGCCGUGCAGGCUUUGAGCUCGGAGGGUCUGAAGCCCUUGUUUCACCAGCUGGACAUCAACGACCUGAACAGCAUCAUCACCGCUGCUGCUUUCUUCAAAGAAAAGUACGGAGAGGUGGACAUCCUCGUCAAUAACGCCGGGAUAGCAUUCAAAGUGGCAGACACGGCUCUGUUCGCCGUCCAGGCCGAGGUCACACUCAAGACAAACUUCUUCGCCACCAGAGACAUGCUGACUCACUUCAUGCCGCUCAUCAAAGCAGGAGGUCGCGUGGUCAACGUCUCCAGCUUUGUGGGCUCUCGUACUCUGAACCAGUGCAGCCCGGAGCUCCAGCAGCGUUUCCGCAGCGAGGACAUCACAGAGGACGAGCUGACGGGACUGAUGCAGCGGUUCGUGGACGAGGCCAAGAGAGGAGAGCACAAACAGGGCGGCUGGCCGGAAACGGCGUACGGAAUGUCCAAAACCGGACUGACGACAUUGUCUAUGAUCCUCGCUCGCCGUCUGUCAAAGGAGAGGCCGAACGACGGGAUCCUGCUGAACGCCUGCUGUCCAGGAUGGGUGCGCACCGACAUGGCGGGGUCCAAAGCCCCCAAGUCCCCUGACGAGGGCGCCAUCACCCCGGUGUUCCUGGCCCUGCUGCCGCCUGGAGCCGCAGGGCCUCAUGGGAAGUUCGUCUCCGACAAGGAGGUUCAGCCGUGGUGAAGAGAGGGUGGAAGUGAUCCUUUCUUACAAAAAACCAUCAUAUUUGAUGCCAAAUGGAUACUCUGACCACACAUAAGACAAGUUACCUACAAAAACCUCUGCAAUGAUUUCAGAGCAGUUUUUUAAAGGAGCAAGUUAAUCAUUUAGUGAUUUGAUUAAAACUGAAAUAUUAUGUAUUAUUCAGGAAAUGCUAAGAUGUGAUAUGUUGUAAUUAUGUCUGAUGAUCGUAAAAUUUUCUCUCAGUUAAUUUUUUCUAUGAAUAUCAGUAAAAAGAUCAACGUGCUUAAAAGUUAACUUCUGAAACCAAUAUAAUAAAAUGUAUUUUUCUGCAAUACAA